AAAAAUCUAUAAAAUGGCGGGAAUUAAUUGAGACUUCUGUCUGGCCAAACUCCAAAGGGACAUUUUGGUUAAAACUGUUAAAAGUUACUGAAACAAAAUAAAUCAUCAUCUUUUGGAAGAUAAAAUAUGUGAACCUAGUGGCUUACUCGCUUGAAAAAAGUUUACAGGAAUAAGAAUCAAAACUAAAAAAAUUAAACCAUACUACCUUUUCUAUUAAGAUCGGUUCGGAAUUGUUUAGUGCAUUGUACUACUGCUGUUACUAGAAUAGUCUUCAACUAACAAUUUUGACCUCUACUUUAAAACAAUGUGGAAUGAUGAUCCUUCUGGAGGUGGCUUCCUUAACACCACAAAUCAAUUUGGAAAUACGGCAACACCCAAAAAAACUGGUCGUAGAGCGGCACGGACAGCACCUAUAGUCAUCAGGCAAGCUUUGCAUUCUGGAGAAGAAGGUGUGAAAAUAUGGGGUACAGAAAUUCAAAUAGUGUCAAUAGUUGCAAGAAUCAGGAGCAUUAGAAUGCAAAGCACUAAAAUAACAUAUACAAUCCAAGAUAUAACAGGGAGGAUGAGGGCUGUACUCUGGCUCGACCAAGAGGCUAUGGAAGUUGAAGAUACCUCAUCACCUAAAGUUCAAGUAAAUGAUUACAUACAAAUUUACGGCAAUGUGAAAACGAAUAAAGGGACAAAAGUGCUCAUGGCAUUUAAGAUAAUGCCAGUUACUGAUGUCAACAUUAUUACAUUUCACUACUUUCAGUGCAUUCAUAAUAAAAUACAAAUGGAAGCUGGCUCAAAGAAGGAAAAAAAUAUUCAAGAUGUCCCAAUUAACAACAUGCUGCCUGCAAAUUCAAUGGUUGGAAUUACUGAAACCUCUUCAGUGAAUGGCUUAAAUUCUCGUCAGAUGAUGGUCUUCAACCUUAUCCGUGGCUCUACUGUUGAACAAGGAAUUAGUAAACAAGAUAUGUAUGCCUCACUGAAAGAUCGAAUGACAAAAGUUGAAUUUGAAAACAUUUUGGAAUGGAUGUGUGGAGAAGGUCAUAUCUACUCAACAAUUGAUGAAGAGCAUUUUAGAGCAACUGAUGCAUUUUAAAAGUUAUAUAUUUCAUUUUUUAAAACUUUUAU